AUUUCACAAAAACUGUGUCCAAUUGUAUACAUUGGCUUAGUCAUAGUGAACAUACUAAAGAGGUAGAGUUAGACUUUCACUUAUCCAAGCCUUGUGUGCCUCAAUAUGAAUAAGUAUUUGUUUAUCAGCUUGACUUCCCAAUUUAAUUUAGGGAAUUUUUGCAAAUUUUCGUAAAAUAAUUAUUUGGAACAACCAAAAAUGCUAAAUCACGAUUUGUCAUUGGACAGCUUCAGCUUUUCUAGAUGACAAGGCAUUUGUUCAUAUAAGUACAUAUAUACAGAUAUAAACAUAUGUUUAUGAUGUCAAAAUCUACUCGUCAAAGCGACUAUAAAUUAUGGCUGCCACAACUGUGGUGGCAAUAGUAGUCAUUGGUGAUUGCAAGUACCAACAUACGCAGAGAUUCUUCGAUAGUCGUGAAAUUCCGCUUAAAAACCAUAAAUACGCCAUGGGUCAGCGCAGUGUUCUCGUGAUGAUGCUAUUCGCCGCUUACUGUUACACGAUUUGCAGCGCCAAGUUGCUGGAGCCGAUCGACUACCAGGGCGACCUGUUUCUUGGUGUAAAGAGUCAGCAGCCCCAUAAACGCUACCAAAACAGCGAACCGAGCGAGUUGAACGCCAUUCAGGGGAAAAACGAGAAUGGAGACGUAUUUGACGAGCUGCAAGCCGAUGUUUACGAAAACUUAGUGCGUCUCGUUAAAGAAAUGCAAAAGGAUCACGAACGCUUGUCAAUCCGUUAUAAACCGAAUUUGGGCAAACGCUCGCAGUUGUACAAAUAGAAUGCUUUCUCUGGUUCAGAGUGACGCUCUAUAAUUCGACUUGAAGAUUCCGGAAUAACUUGAGAUGGAGAAUGCACAUUCGUAGUCCAAUAUUAUACUAGCGAUAGUAGUAGUAGUAAGUCUUUGUAAAAUCAAAAUGUAAAAAGUGUUUAAGUGAUGGUUCCAUAAAAUGUAUCGAUGGUUUUAGUUUGAGAGUUUGAGUGUUUGAAAUAUCUCUAAAAUAAAUUGAAAUAUAUAAUCUAC